ACAAAAAAAAAAGAUCCUAGUUAGAGGAGAAUUAACCUCAUAGCAAAAGUGCUUCUUCUCUUCUCCAUGGCCAUGGCCACCUCAACCAAGUCCCGUUCCUCCAAUUUCCUCUACCAAGUCCUCACCCUCCCCACCAAGAACACAAGGCUCUUCCUCCCUCUCUUCACCAUCAUCACCCUCAUCAACUUCAUCUUCAUCCUUUGCAACUUCUUCUCCAUGCAACCUCUCUCCGCCGACAUCGCUCUCAAGGCCAAAGCCCUAGUCCACACCGACCCGACGAGCCCCGACUACUCCCUUCUCGUCGCGGCGAUACAAAAGGAAGCCAACGAGCUGUUCUUCGAAUUGAUUAUAUACACCGUAAUCGCGUUCCUCGUCAACUCCUUUCUUAGGAUCAUAACCUUCUUCGCCGUCGCCGUCACGUGCUCGGGAGAGCUCCUGACUCUCCGCGAACUGCUCGUCAAGACGAAGCGCAACAUGAAAGGGCCGAUCAUAACGCACUUGUUCGGCGUACUCUUGGUCUUGUUAUGUGUUCUCCCCCUCAUACUCAUAACCCUAUUCCCUUUGUUCAUCAAGAAGCUGGGUUCUUAUACACUCAUAAUGCUUAGCAUCUUGGUCCUUGUUCUAUUUCUGCUUGCAAUCAUCCUCCUUUUAUACUUAUCUAUCGUGUGGCCUUUGAGCAUGGCAGUUUCUGUCGUCGAGACGGGUUGCUACGGCCCGGGAGCCUUCAAGCGGGCCGCGGAGCUCGCGAAGGAGAAGAAGAUGAAAGGGUUUCUUAUUAUUCUUGCUUCUUUUUUGCUCGUUGGUGCACUAUACGCAAUUAAUAACAUGAUUUUGAAGUACAGUCCAAGUUCUAGUGCAGCUUCUGUAUUGGUGUUAGGGUUCUUCUACACCUUUAUUGGAGAGUUGGUGGGGAUGUAUGUAUUGAUUGCUGUUGUGAUUUACUACUACGAGUGCAAGAAGAGCCGAGGAGAAGGAGAGGAAGAACAAGCACUAAAAAGUGGUGACUUUGUGUAUAAGAUGGUGCCCACAAAGGCUGUUCAUGUUGAUGAGGAGUUGCCCUAGAAUUUAUCGCAAUGUUUGUACACUUUUAAUUAAGCUAUUUUUCCUGUUGAAGUUGUCAAUAUAGUAUUAUGGUAUGUAAAAUAAACCAACUCAUGCAGGGACGGUUGGAAUUAUAUAUAGUUAAUAUAUAAUAUAUCUUGUUUCCUUGUUCUAAGUCUUUUGAUCAUCAUAGUAUGCAAUAAUUAUUCUAU